CGCCGGUGCAGCCUUGCGCUCCCGCGCGCCACACCCACCUCCGGAGCCGCCCAGCGUCAGGCACGUGACUCUCGUCAGGCUCCACCUACGAGCCAACUCCGGCCCCGCCCCUACCUGGUCGGCUCUCCACGUGGGCCGUGCGUCAGCGUGGCCUCAGCCGCUGGCCCCGCCCCUGCCGGAAUUGGGACCUGCGCACAAGAGCCUUAUUGUGUGACUUCAGCGCGCUCGCUGGGCUUUUGUGUCUGAAUCUUUCUCCACAUAUACAGAGACAGAAAAAAGCAACAUUUUUAUGGGGACGCCGUUUUUCACCCCAUUACUCCCAAAGGCACAUAUAAACGGUGGUUUCCUCAUGGAGCUUUCCAGUUAGAAGAAUUGAGCUGCGGUGACGGGAGAGAGGAAGCAUGGUUUGCAGUGGAGCCGCCCACUUCCCCGUUGCCUAGUAACUGUUUCCAUGGCAAGCGCGCGGUCUAGACGCUCAGCAACCCCAAGAGGAAUAGAAAGAGUAUCCUCUUCCCAAGAGAGGACGGCAAAAAGGGGUCAAAGGGGAACUGUGUGAAAGAGAGAAACCUUAGUUCCUUGAGAAGGCAAGAGAGUAGGAAAGGAAAGGGGAUGCAGUGAAGAAAGGGACAGAGAUACUGGUAUUUUCAUUUAAAAAAAAAAAAAAAGUAGUUUUGAGGAGCCGUUUGGUGGCCAUGGAUCCAACAUGCCCUUCUGAGAGCAUUUACAACCUCAUACCCAGUGACUGGAAGGAGCCUCCCCCGCCUCCUAGGUACAUAUCAGUUUUUAAGACAGCUGUGAAAGAGGACAUGAAAAAAGUUAAAACUGCAAUGAAGACUAUGGGGCCACCAAAAGUUGAAGUACCUUCUCCAAAGGAUUUCCUGAAGAAACAUUCAAAGGAAAAAGCUGCACCGACCAAAAAGAAAUUUGAUCGGUUUGGGACCAAAAAGCCUCCUGUGCCACUGAGGACUGAUCAUCCAGUCAUGGGCGUACAGAGUGGAAAAAACUUUAUCAAUACAAACGCAGCCGAUGUCAUUAUGGGAGUGGCUAAAAAGCCUAAACCAAUUUACGUUGACAAAAGAACUGGAGACAAGCAUGAUCUUGAAAGUUCUGGACUAGUUCCAAAGUACAUCAAUAAAAAGGAUUACGGUGUCACACCUGAAUAUAUAUGUAAGCGAAAUGAGGAAGUGAAAAACGCUCAGGAAGAGUAUGAUAACUACGUCCAGGAAAGCCUCCGGAAAGCAGCCAUGAAAAGGCUCUCCGAUGAAGAGAGGGAAGGAGUGCUGCAGGGGCUAAAAAAGAACUGGGAAGAGGUGCAUAAGGAGUUCCAGUCCCUCUCGGUCUUCAUCGAUUCCUUACCAAAGAAGAUCCACAAGCAGAGGCUGGAAGAAGAAAUGAAGCAACUGGAACAUGACAUUGGUGUCAUUGAAAAGCACAAAAUUAUUUAUAUUGCCAAUAAGUAACAAUGGAUUUUUAAAGGAUAGUAAUUUUAAUAUAGAAAAAGAAAACAUGGAAAACAUACAAAUGAAACUAAGUUUUUCAAAGAGGAAAAGGCUAUGAAGAGAAUAAAAAUAGUCUUUACCAAAAUGUGUAGGCAGUGUUUAAAAAUUAAUGGGAUUUUUUCUUACACAAGAAAACAUUUUUUUUUAUCAAUUUCAGGAUUUUCAUGUAUAAACUAAGAUUUAAUGUUAUCUGUUCCAGUUCUUUAGUGUAUUAUUAUUAUGUACUUGUUUCCCAUAACCAUUAAUUUCUGAGCCCUGAAAAAUAAACUCAGCACUCAGAACUUUACAUUUUUCUACACUACAUGAUUCAAGGAACACAACAUUAAACUCUGUUAAGUAUUUUGAAUUGGAAAUAGUGGCAUAUCCUUUCUUACUACACUAAAGUGUU